UAAAUUUUCUUUUUCCAGCAAUGAUGUUGUCCACUGGGCAUGUACUGACCAAUGUGGCAGGUCUGAGAACAUAGCUGAAGCUGAAAAUAGGAAAGCUGGGGGCAAGGAAGAGCCUUGAAUCUUGAGGUGGGACGUUGACUCUAAGAUGUCCUUGAGCAGUGGAGCCUCCGGAGGGAAAGGAGUGGAUGCAAACCCGGUUGAGACAUACGACAGUGGGGAUGAAUGGGACAUUGGAGUAGGGAAUCUCAUCAUUGACCUGGACGCCGAUCUGGAAAAGGACCAGCAGAAACUGGAAAUGUCAGGCUCAAAGGAGGUGGGGAUACCGGCUCCCAAUGCUGUGGCCACACUACCAGACAACAUCAAGUUUGUGACCCCAGUGCCAGGUCCUCAAGGGAAGGAAGGCAAAUCAAAAUCCAAAAGGAAUAAGAGUGGCAAAGACACUAGCAAACCUACUCCAGGGACUUCCUUGUACACUCCAAGUGAGGGGGCAGCUAGCAAGAAAGAGGUGCAGGGGCGCUCAGGAGAUGGUGCCAAUGCAGGAGGCCUGGUUGCUGCUAUUGCUCCCAAGGGCUCGGAGAAGGCGGCUAAGGCAUCACGCAGUGUAGCCGGCUCCAAAAAGGAGAAGGAGAACAGUUCGUCUAAGAGCAAGAAGGAGAGAAGCGAAGGAGUGGGGACUUGUUCAGAAAAGGAUCCUGGGGUCCUCCAGCCAGUUGCCUUGGGAGGACGGGGUGGUCAGUAUGAUGGAAGUGCAGGGGUGGAUACAGGCGCUGUGGAGCCACUUGGGAGUAUAGCGAUUGAGCCUGGGGCAGCGCUCAAUCCUUUGGGAGCUAAACCGGAGCCAGAGGAAGGGGAGAAUGAGUGUCGCCCGCUAAAGAAAGUCAAGUCUGAAAAGAUGGAGUCCCCUGUCUCCACACCGGCGGUGCUGCCACUGCACCUUUUGGUACCAGUGGUCAAUAAUGACAUCUCAUCUCCCUGUGAGCAGAUCAUGGUUCGUACCCGAUCCGUUGGGGUCAACACGUGUGAUGUGGCUCUAGCCACAGAGCCUGAGUGCUUGGGCCCCUGUGAACCUGGAACCAGCGUCAACCUUGAAGGAAUUGUGUGGCAGGAAACAGAAGACGGGAUGCUGGUGGUGAACGUGACGUGGAGGAACAAGACCUACGUGGGUACCCUGCUCGACUGCACGCGGCAUGACUGGGCUCCUCCGAGGUUCUGUGACUCCCCCACCAGUGAUUUGGAAAUGCGCAAUGGUCGCGGCAGAGGCAAACGCAUGCGUCCCAACAGUAACACACCUGUCAACGAGACGGCCACAGCCUCUGACAGCAAAGGGACCAGCAGCAGCAGCAAAACUCGAGCAGGAACCAAUAGCAAAGGCCGUCGGGGCAGCCAGAACUCUUCAGAGCAUCGCCCACCUGCCAGCGGCUCCUCCGAGGACGUCAAGGCCAGCCCUUCCUCCACCAGUAAACGGAAAAACAAGCCCCUGUCAGACAUGGAGCUGAAUUCCAGCUCGGAGGACUCCAAGGGGAGCAAGCGAGUCCGGACAAACUCCAUGGGCUCAGCCACAGGCCCCCUCCCUGGGACGAAGGUAGAACUCACCGUCCUGGACAGAAACUGCCCUUCCCCAGUCCUGAUUGACUGUCCCCACCCAAACUGCAACAAGAAGUACAAGCACAUCAACGGACUCAAGUACCACCAAGCCCACGCCCACACGGACGAUGACAGCAAGCCAGAAGCAGAUGGGGACAGUGAGUACGGAGAGGAGCCCGCCCUCCAUGCAGACCUUGCGAGCUGCAAUGGUGCGUCCAUCUCCCAGAAGGGCUCCUUGUCCCCUGCCCGCUCAGCGACCCCCAAAGUUCGGCUCAUAGAGCCCCACAGCCCUUCUCCUUCAAGCAAAUUCAGCGCAAAAGGCCUCUGUAAGAAAAAGCUGAGUGGGGAAGGGGACACAGACCUUGGGGCCUUAUCCAAUGACGGCUCUGACGAUGGACCCUCAGUAAUGGACGAAACGAGUAAUGAUGCCUUUGACUCUUUGGAAAGAAAGUGUAUGGAAAAAGAAAAAUGUAAAAAACCGUCUAGUUUGAAACCUGAAAAGAUUCCUUCCAAGAGCUUGAAGUCAGCCCGGCCCAUUGCGCCUGCCAUCCCCCCGCAGCAGAUCUACACCUUCCAGACGGCCACGUUCACGGCAGGGAGCCCGGGCUCUUCCUCGGGCCUGACCACCACGGUGGUGCAGGCCAUGCCCAACAGCCCCCAGCUCAAGCCCAUCCAGCCCAAGCCCACCGUGAUGGGGGAGCCCUUCACCGUCAACCCUGCCUUGACACCCGCCAAGGACAAGAAGAAGAAGGACAAAAAAAAGAAGGAGUCCUGCAAGGAGCUGGAAAGUCCUCUGACUCCUGGGAAGGUCUGUCGAGCAGAAGAAGGAAAAAGCCCCUUCAGGGAGUCAUCAGGAGAUGGGGUGAAGAUGGAGGGGCUCCUGAAUGGCUCCUCUGACCCCCACCAGAGCCGCCUGGCAAGCAUCAAGGCAGAGGCGGACAAGAUCUACAGCUUCACAGACAAUGCCCCCAGCCCUUCCAUCGGAAGCGGCAGCCGCCUGGACAGCACACCCCCAACGCAGCCCCUGACGCCCUUACACGUGGUGACGCAGAACGGAGCGGAAGCAAGCUCGGUGAAGACCAACAGCCCUGCCUACUCGGACAUCUCCGACGCGGGGGAGGACGGGGAGGGCAAGGUGGACAGCCUCAAGUCCAAGGACCCGGAGCAACUGGGGAAGGAAGGGGCUAAGAAGACGCUCUUUGCCCCUCAGCCGCAAAGCAAAGACUCACCAUACUACCAAGGCUUUGAGAGCUACUACUCUCCAAGUUAUGCCCAGUCCAGCCCCGGGACCCUGAACCCUGGCAGCCAGGUGGGCGUGGAGAGCCAGGCCUUGAAGCCAAAAAAGGAGGAGGAGCCUGAGAGCCUGGAGGGCAAAGGAAAGAGCGACCUCUGUGAGGAAAAGAAGCCGGAACUGAGCAGCUCCAGCCAGCAGCCUUCCGUCAUCCAGCAGCGCCCCAACAUGUACAUGCAGUCGCUGUACUACAACCAGUACGCCUACGUGCCGCCCUAUGGCUACGGCGACCAGGGCUACCAUGCGCACUUGCUGAGCACCAAUGCGGCCUACCGACAGCAGUACGAGGAACAGCAGAAGCGCCAGGGCCUGGAGCCACCUCGGGGCCCCGACAAGAAGGCCGAGCUGGGCCUCAAGGACCGAGAGGCCGCGCUCAAGGAGGAAUGGAAGCAGAAGCCUUCUAUCCCGCCGACCCUCACCAAGGCCCCCAGCCUCACGGACCUGGUGAAGUCGGGGCCGGGCAAGGCCAAGGAGCUGGGGGCUGACCCUGCCAAGUCAGUCAUUAUUCCCAAGCUGGACGAUGCCUCCAAACUUCCCAGCCACACCCCUGAGGGCCUGAAGGUGAAGCUGAGCGAGGCCAGCCACCUGGGCAAGGAGGCCUCCGAGGGCAAGAUGGGAACUGAGUGUGGCCGCCAGGCAGAGGUGGAUCCGAUUCUCUGGUACCGGCAGGAGGCAGAGCCCCGGAUGUGGACAUACGUGUAUCCUGCCAAGUACUCAGACAUCAAGUCAGAGGAUGAACGGUGGAAAGAGGAGCGAGACCGAAAAUUGAAGGAGGAAAGGAGUCGGAGUAAGGACUCUGUCUCCAAGGAGGAUGGGAAGGAAAGCACAAGUAGUGACUGCAAGCUGCCCACAUCUGAGGAGUCCCGCCUUGGGAGCAAGGAGCCCCGACCAAGUGUCCAUGUGCCUGUGUCCUCCCCCCUCACCCAGCACCAGUCCUACAUCCCCUACAUGCAUGGCUACUCCUACAGCCAGUCCUACGACCCCAACCACCCCAGCUACCGGGGCAUGCCUGCUGUGAUGAUGCAGAACUACCCAGGUUCCUACUUGCCUUCCAGCUACUCUUUCUCCCCAUAUGGCAGCAAGGUCUCAGGUGGUGAAGAUGCCGAGAAGGCACGAGCCAGCCCCAGUGUCAGUUGUAAAUCCAGCUCAGAGUCCAAAGCCCUGGACAUCUUGCAGCAGCACGCUAGCCACUACAAGAGCAAGUCACCCACGAUAAGCGAUAAAACUUCUCAGGAGCGAGAUCGGGGAGGCUGUGGGGUGGUGGGAGGUGGCAGCAGUUGCAGCAGUGUCGGGGGAGCAGGAGGAGCUGAACGGAGUGUUGACCGACCUCGAACCUCCCCUUCCCAGCGCCUGAUGUCCACACACCACCACCACCAUCAUUUGGGGUACUCGCUGCUCCCCACACAGUACAACCUACCCUAUGCAGCAGGGCUUUCUUCUACAGCCAUUGUUGCCAGCCAGCAAGGCUCAACUCCCUCACUCUACCCACCCCCCAGGAGGUGAGAAUGAACAAGUGCCCGGAUAAAGUCAGCUUCACGGGCUCGGACUGCCUCACCCAGGGAGGUGCUGGAGGUGCCAUUUAGACCUCAGUUAAAUGGUGUUGGUCAUCCUGUUUGCCGUUCCAACCAUGACUGAAGGCAGACCCGUGGCUGUCACCUCCUCCAGACCCCGGACUCCCUGACCCUCCCUCAGGAGCUGGAGAGCUGGUACUUAGCAAAACUAUUUAUUCUCCGCCACAACCAUGACUGCUGUGGCCUCUCUGGAGAUAAAGGCACUGGGAGCAACCAGGGGAACAUGGCCUCAGCCCAGAGAAGUCACUGCCCUGUUCCCCAGGCCCCUGUUCUGCUGCCUGCAGAGUACCAACCAACCCCCUGCAGGGAGGGACUCCCAGGCACUGGGUAAGGUCUGAAGACAGCACAGCAGCCAUCCCCUCACCGCCAUUCCGUCACCAGACCCCACACCUCCCCAGCGGUUUGGGCCCUGGGAACUGGCAGCAUGUGGAGGAAUUAGAAUCUCAGGAAAGAAAUUGGGGGCUGUUUUCUCUGUAGUUGGGAAAACAAGGUCUUCAAACAUGGAGACUUCCCCCCUACACACAUGAGCACAGAUAAAUGCUCAGCACCCAGCCUGGAGAGGGAGAUCAAGGCACUCGCCCCACAGGGCUUUGAGCUACUGGGCAGGCAGAGGCAGGGGUUCCAACACCAGCACAGGGCUCCCCAGUGUCUGGGGAGGGAGCUGGAGCACGAACGGAAUCUGCGAAAUUGAACCUGCAUCCCCACAAAGUCCUGCUGCUGCUUAUCUCCCCACUCUUUGUCCUUUUCUCUUCCAUCCUAACCCCUUGGUGCCUUUCCCAGGGGAUCCCCACACUGAAUUCACCUUCUUUUCCACUGCUUGGCUCUUAAGAUUCAGGCAGAUAAAACAGUAUUCCCCCAGAAUGGGGACCCAAGGAAGUCUCCCAGGUCACCCGGAGGGCAAAGCCCAGCAGGCAGGCCUGGAGCACCCAGCAGUUCUUGGAGAUGUCCCAUGUUCAGCCAUCCAAGUAUCUUCCUUAGCUAGGGCCACAAAAGGACACAACCCAGUUCUUCUGUCUACAAGUACAUGGUUUUAUAUAGCUCAGUCUAUACUUUCAGUGUGUGCCAACAUAAGCUGUGUGACUUUGUAACACACAUUGUUUUUUUAGCAGCCACUGGCUCUGGGAAGUCAUUUGUUCCUCGGACCCUAAGAUGACACACCUAAGCAUUACUAAUGGAGCCAGAGUGACUUGGGCUGUGCUUGGAGGCGCCAGACAGUUCUCUGCUCUCCUUAGAAAACAGUCUCUCUGGGUCAGAGCUUUAUGCUCUUGCACUGAGAAAGUGAUGAUGAUUUGGUAGCUUUAUUUGGUAGCUCCCCAAGAUGUGGGGAGCUUUCGCUUUUUGCUUUUGUGAGCUAUCAUCCCUUUGUUCUCCCCUCCUGUCUUUCCUUGGCCCUCCAGAUAGAAAGACCAACAGACACCAGCCUAGGCUAAAGAAGGGUGCUUUGCAGCCAGAGUGCAAGAAGAGAGCUGAAGAGCAGGAAAGUGGCUCUAACUUAAUCUGAGAAUGGAGAGGUGGGGCCAGUAAGCACAAUUCCCAGAGAGGGUAGUUUCCAAGAACUGGAGCUCCUCUGUAACCCACAGACCUUCCUCUAGGUUUCCAUGUCUUUGUUUUAUUUAAAGUUGGGUCCCGAGGGCCCCCCCCCCAACCAUUUUAUGCCUGUUUUCAGGGCCCCAGACAGCCUCCCUGAGCCCUCAUUCCCUCUGCUGCCCCGGCAGGCAGUGCCCUGAGCAGUCACCUCCCUUCCAUUCAUGGAAGUUGCUGGCGUGGACACCUUCACCCACCUGACCUGGGCCACCUUCCCAAGAGGGUGACCAAAUUUCAGCCUGAUUUUGCACUCCAGGCUCCUGUGGGGUGGACCCAUGCGCCCAUCUCUAUUCCUGUUUAUUUUUUACUGUGUUUUGUAUCUGUGCCACUGGCCUGUAGCGUGCUCUGUACAUAGUGUAAAGAAACCGCUGGAGCAAUUUCCUUACUCAUCCACGUUCCUGCCCUUUCCACUUUAUUUUGUAACAUAGAGGAGGAACUUCUGUAUUCACAGGGCAGCUUUAGGUUCUGCAGAAGGAAACAGCUGAUUUUUUUUAUUUUUCCCUUUAAAAAACAUAGCGGUCUCCCUUAAAGAGUAGGAGCUGCCCACACACACACCAGUAACAGGCAGUAGCUGUGACGAUCCUUGCCCUGUGCCAAGCAAGGACAGAGUUCUCUGUCCACCUCCAGCCUCUCUCCCUGAAAGGAACAUCAUCUGUGACAUACUCAGAGGGAGAAGACACAGCGAGGAGCCCCAUGCCACACACAAAAGCUGGGCAGGGUUGCUGCCAGGGACCUAGGCACCAGACCAAGCCUCUCUCAGCCACCCCUGCCAGGCCCUCCCAGGAAGGACAACAGGCUGAGAGCUGCUCUAGGGUCCAUACCUGCUUCUUCCUAUUUAAGGCGUGCCAGUUCCCAUUACCCCUUGCCCUACCUUAUACAUGUAUGUGUACAUGUAUGAUGUUUCCUGCUCUUACCCACUCUCCAUACAUCUCAAGGUCAAAGGACUACACACACAAGGCCAAGAGGGCACCCUGCGAAAUGAAGUGGUCCUUUUCUUGAAUCUCCUCUCCAGGCUCCAGGGCCGGGGUGGGACUUAGCUUCAGGAGUUGGGAGUGAAGACUGCAGAAGGGCUGGAGGACUGGAUAUAGGCUUUGAGGCCCCCUCACCUCUCUUGCUACCCACACAUACCCUGUCACUAUCCCAAUGUCUACUCUGAUGCCCCCAAGAUUCAACUGGGCAGCUAGCUGGCCCCAUAAUUCUGGGCCUCUGUCAUUUGUUUUAUUGCUAGGGCAUCCCAGGAAGCUUUCCAGUGAUCCCAAUGUGGGCCCCUCCUGGGACCAAGCCCCUCCCAGCCCUGUCCCCUCCCCUCCUGCCCCAGCCCGCCCGCUUGCCUUGGUGCUCAGCCCUCCCCUUGGGAGCAGGUUGGGGCAAGCUAGAAGCCCGGGCUGGAGGGGCACGUUGCUGUUCAGAUUUUGUUCCAUUGGCGUUGCUCUGUUGGGUUUAAUUUCAGUCUUCCUGAUUCUUCCCUUCUGUAAAGUGUACAUUACCAAGUUCUUUGUUUUUUUUUUUUAUAUAUAUAUAUAAAUAUAUAUAUAUAUAUAUACAAACUGUACUCUUUUUGCCUUUGUACAUUCUGGCAAGAAGAGAAAAUAAAUCUUUUUAAGAGACAAUCACAAAUCUGUGAGGGCUGCUGGUUAUUUCUCCUGAAGUUUGCUGCUGAGCUGCCUCCUGCCUUCCCCCAACUUUUCUCUCUUCCCUCAACUUUCCUCUCUUCCUGAUCCUGCUCCAUAUGCAUCCUCAGCUUCAUUCUCCUUGGCUGAUGGCAAACUGUUGAAUCCAGUGUCUAGACUGCCUGCCCUGUCCCCCUUUCCCGCCCAGCACUGUUUUCUGACCUGGCCAAUGGGUUAGCCUGGGAGCUUUAUCCUGUGCCCUGGCCCUCCCUUCACCCCUAGAUCCCACUCACCAAAGUGGCUUUGGACACUCAACCUGUAAAACUAUGCAGCUUGGAGCUCUCUGCCUGAGAGUUUGCACUAUUUAAACCUGCAUGGGACUCAGGAUGGAUGGUUGUCAGGAAUGUGGGUAAACCACCCCCAACACCCUCCCCUCCCCAACCAUUCCAGCUUCCGAGUGCUCUGAACCAGCGACCAGAGGAUCAUUCCUGUCAGGUGGACUCCUGUGGUCUACCCAUCUGAACAAGGGCUAACGGUUUAUGGGUUAAGAGCAUUUUAUCAGACUUUCAAAGGAUGGUACCUUCUGAAGCAGCCCAACCAAACCAUUGUUCAGCCCCUUUCUCCUUUCCACUACUUUCCUCCUACCCCUUUUUUCCCUUUGUCUCUACUCCCUUUUCUUAAUUGGCUUUGGAAUUGAAGUAUAUUUUUAAAUUAUUUGUUGUAUUUAUUGAAUAAAGUUUUUAAUGUCCCUGUUCUUAAA